AUGCUGCGACGCCUCGUCACUCUUUCGCUCCUCCUCCCCUUGGGAUGGGGUAGACCAAACGCUCCCGGCGUGACAGUCAACGCAGACGCUCGAGUCUCCGUUGCCGCGGUGUCCGACGGCUUCUCGCGCUGCCUCUUCUACGACGACUUCUCCCGCGCCAAAGGCAAGUUCCCAGACCCGUCCAAGUGGAAGUACGACCUGGGGACUUCCUACCCCGGCGGCCCCAAGCACUGGGGUACCUGGGAGAUCGAGACGUACACCGACGACCCCCAAAACCUAUACAUCACCCACGACGACACGUUGAGAAUCGUCCCCGUCCGCGGCCCCAACGACACCUGGACCUCGGCUCGCAUCGAGACCACCCCGGAAUGGGACACGGCCUGCGAGCCCGGCCAUCGCCUCCGCGUCGAGGCCAAGAUCAAGCUGGGCCACAACUCCAAGCAGCACAAGCUGGGCCUCUGGUACGCGUUUUGGGCGCUCGGCUCCGCCUUCCGUGGCCACUACUGGAGCUGGCCCUCCGUGGGCGAGAUCGACAUCUUGGAAAGCAUCAACGGCGAGCCCCAGAUCUGGCAGACUGCUCAUUGCGGCUCCAACCCCGGCGGCCCGUGCAACGAAUCCGACGGCCUGGGCAACGUGACCGCGACCGAUGUCCGCGGCGUGUGGCACACCUAUGCCUGGGAGAUGAAUCGCCAAGCUUCGCACCUCGGCUGGCAGCACGAGCACAUGACCUGGUUCCUUGACGGCAGGCCUACCUGGAGCCUGUUUGGCAGGGACGUGGGUGACGAGGACGCGUGGGAAGCCAUGUCCGCAGGGAGCAAGAUGAUCUUGCUGAACGUUGCCGUUGGUGGAGGUUUUCCAGAUGGCGUCGCGGGCUUCAAGACGCCCACCAACGAGACGCGCGGCGGAAAUGGAGCCGGCAUGGAGGUUGACUAUGUGGCCGUUUACUCGGACGUCUGA